GAACUAUUCGCGCAAAGUAACCAUCGGAGUAUGGCGAAGCUUCUGAUCUUCGCUGCUUUGUUAUUUUUCUCAUCCAAAACAGGAGUAAGUUCCGUGGGAACAACCACCAGUCCUCAACAACAAAAUCCACAUACUGUCGCUGACAAAGACCCAUGUGAGGUACUCUUAAGCACGCUUUAUCCACGAUUAUUUACGACAAAAUUAGCAUGUACUUCAUGACGCGUUCAUUUGUCAUACCUCAGUUUAUCACUGAUGUCUGCCGAGCUAAGCACAAAAAAAUCCCUCAUCAAUCAUAAGUUUUCAAAGACAAAGUAGAACAUUGCUGAAUAAAAUUUCUUUUAAGGGGUAUCUCUACGUAUACAACGUUACGAGAUCAUUCGAUGUUCCGAGCUGUUUCUCUUAAAAUGAAGCUAAAUUCUCAUCAAGAUUAGUUUCUGAAGAAACUGCUGUGCUACUUCGGCUAACAUGUAAAUAUCAAUGAACAUCAAGUACGUCCAUCAAAUUACAAUACGUUCUUUUUUCUUCAUCAGAAAUCCACUUUUGCUACCGGAUUUUCUGGGAUUCCAGGAUCGAAUGGCAUACCAGGAAUGCCGGGAAUUCCUGGCGCCCCAGGGCCACAAGGACAACAAAGAAAAGAUGGAGCUAGGGGGGAGCCUGGUGUCAAGGGACCGAGAGGUAUGCCGGGAACAAGAGGAUUAAAAGGAAAUCCAGGGUCACUGGGUAAAAAUGGUGCACCUGGAAUGAUGGGAAUAAAAGGAGAUAAAGGUAAUGAAGGGUCACGUGGCAACAAUGGACCGCCAGGAAUCAAGGGUGUGAAAGGAGAGCAAGGAUCUAAAGGGGAGAAAGGAGAAAUCGUGAAUAGUGCAGUGUCACAGACCAACUGGAAACAGUGUGCGUGGAAAAAUGAAGAUGGUAGAGAUAGUGGAAAGAUUAAGGUACAGAAAUAUCUAGAAAAUGCAAUGAAAAAUGAGUUAAGCAUUAGAGCUAAUUUGUCAUGGCCAUCUUUGAAAGAGACUUUUGAGAAACGCAGCCGAACUAAAAAUAUCAAUUAACAAUUCUGUGCAUUCUAGCAGGCAGGAAAAGUACAAGGUCAUCAUCAAUUUUUUUUUCUUUACCACUCUUUGACUGUAUUCAUGACAUUUUUUAUAGGAUUGCUCAUUUAACAAGCUGCAGUCUGAUACAGCUAUUAGAGUCUCGUUCCAGGGAAAUACGAGAGUGAGAGGCACUUUAAAUAAAUGCAAUCGGUGGUUCUUCAAGUUUAAUGGAAAUGAAUGCAGUGGACCAAUGACAAUUGAUGCUGCUGUGUACAACAAUUGGCCAUCUGGGAAUCCUCAGCUGCUUCAUCACAGAUCAUUUGAGGGAUACUGUGAAAACAUUCUACAGGGUAGGGUUACUGUUGAAUUAUGGGUAGGACAUUGUCCCAGUGCUUCUCCAUUAGGCGAUGCUUCCGCUGGAUGGGCAUCAGUAUCCCGGAUAAUGAUAGAAGAAGUGUCUAGAGCCCAGUCCUAA